AUGGAUACGGCAACAGAGGACCAAACCGCCGGUUCCUUGACGACAACGAUGAUAUAUGAGACUUAUGAUUUCACGGCUCCACAAUGGUACGAUCUUGAAAUCGAAGACACGAGAUGCGAUAAACAACGAUCGGAGCUCUGGUUCGAAUCAGAAACAAUUUAUACUUCUUCUCCGAGGAGAUCAUUUAAGGUUGAUAGCAUGUGCAACUUCAGCCAAGUAGAAGAAUCAACACAGUUGAAAGUAAUAGUUUUGGUUUUGUGA